AUGCAAGAAUUGAGGAUUCGAAGAUUUUCAGAGUCUGAAGGGCAUGGCGUUCAACCUUACUCGUCCGCUCAUAAAAAGCAUAAUAGAGUUCUCAAUAUUUUCAUUUUAGUAGCAGUUGUUUGGUUUGUUUCUUUGUUUACUUUUUUAUUUGAUCCAACUCAGUGGUAUUCCAAUUAUUCUUAUCCGGAAACAACAACUGUUGAAGAAUCAUGGGUCAGAAAAUUCAUCACUAAAGAAGACUUUGCGCGUUUUAAAGGAACAUGGUUUCAAUAUCCAUUCAACAAUAAAGUUAAAAAGAGUACGAGACAUAAAAUAUAUAUAAAUAAGACAGAAAGUCCGGAAUUUACUAAAAUUGAAGCUACAUUCCCUCCUUAUUUCUUAGAAACUCCUCAUCGUUUAAAUAUUAGAACAGCUCAAUGGUUUUGGAAACAAAAAGUUAACCAAGACUUUUUCGAUACAUCAGUGAAUCCAAUUCGUGGUACAAUUCAUUUAUAUACUAACUCUGUUCUUAAUUUAAGAAAUUAUUCGACAAAAUCAAAUUCGACACAUUACUACUUAGAUAAUACUGUUAAUAUUGGUAAAUCAACCGAAAAUGAAUACGAUACGGCGAUUUAUAUCGGAAAAGAAAAAGAUUUUUGGCUUUCAGGUGUUCCAAAGAUCGCUUUGAUGCUUUUAUCGAUAGGAAAGAGAGCCAGUGAUGUUGUCCUUGUAGUUGAUAACCCUAAAAACCCUCAGGCAAUGAGAAUUUUGAAAAUGUUUAAUUUCAAAAAAAUAAUUUCAUCAACAGAACCGAUACAUUCCAAGGAAAUAGUUAUUCCUGUGGAAAUUCCUCGCGUUCAUCCAUACUUUUAUGAUGUUUUUAGCAUGGAAAUUGGUUUAAAUCCAAAAAUUGAAAAAGACAAAGUGGUUUUGAUCAAAGAUUUCCCGAUAAAAGAGGAUGAAAAUCUUAUUGCUGAUAUGCUGCAACAGUUAUUUAGCUCAGAAAUUGUAAUUUUCGAUCCUUUCCAUGAUGAUUUCAAAAUUAUGGAAAGUGCUUCUGUAGUUAUAGGAAACCAUGGUUCCUCAAUAUUUGGAUGCGUUUACGCUGGUCCAAGAGCUCGAGUAAUCGAAGUUAUGAACGUUGAUGAAGAUGGAAGACAUUUUGAUGAUUUAGAGUUCCACAGAGUUGCCUAUGAUUAUGCUGUAAUGGUCAGACAGACAUUUUACCAGUUUUAUCAAACUGGAUUAACAUUUAAUUCAAGAGUUAACGUGAAGAAGCUUGAGAAGUUUAUUAGGAAUGUGUUAAAAGAAAAAUGGAGCUAUUGA